ACUACCUUAGGAACACAAGAUACACCACCACUUGUAAUAGACAUUAAAAAUUAUGAUGACAGAACAAUUCUCGUUCAUAUUAUACGAAAUGAUUCAACACAAUCAGCCGCAGACUGUUUAAAGAUUCGAGGAAUAAGUUUAGAACAGAAAUUACGUAUAAGAUUGAUUCACUUAAAUGGAUCUGUUAAAGAAAUUGAUCCCAAUUUAAAUUUACAUCCAGUUAAUUAUUGCUUACUCAAUGUCGAAAAUACUGAUUAUAAAGUUAACAAACUCAACAAAAUAGUUGUAUAUUUAAAAGAUACACAAAAGAACAACACAAAUAUAUUACAUAAUAUAGUAAAUCCUAUUUCAAUAUAUCCUUUACAAAAACCGUUCAUUCUAGUAACUUAUGUGAACACUACAAACACUUCUGAUCCUAAAGCUUAUGAGGAAUGGGGGAAAAUCAUCGAUUGGAAUGGAAACACUCGAAG